UUACAAUCUGUCAGUGUCACCUGUUCUUCCUCCAAAAUCUUCUUGAUUAUAGUGUGAAGCAUGAUUGUAGUUACUUCUAAAUGUGACUUUAGUAUUUCUACUGGUAUAAUGUCAGGUCCUUCUGCUUUCCCAUUACAAAAAUAUAAUAACUUCCCAAAAAUUUGGUAGAGCGAAUCAUUUAUAACGGCAUCAUUAUAUCCAGCUGAAAUCAAAUGUGUCAUUAUUUGAUAUUAUUCAUUGCAAUCAUUAUUUCUUUCGUAAACACACAGAAGCAAGAAGGUUACAAACUUGAUCCAUUAACAUCGUAUGUAAUUCUAGCACCGAAUCGUAUCAGAGCGAAUGAACUUGUACAAAUCAGUGUAUCCAUAUUUGAAUUACUCUAUGAACAGCUAACAAUACGAUUGGCUAUUAAAGUUAAUUCAACUGAAAUUAUAUCUAGUCGAGAAGUGUUUAAAUCUACUGGAACGAGAAUUAUGCAAUUAAAAGUACCUAAUUAUGCUCGAACUGGUACAUACUGGUUACAUGUUGAAGGUUCUAUUGUAUCCAAUGCUUCAAUUUUAUUUUCAAAUCUUACAAAACUAACAUUUUCUGAACAAUCUGAAUCAAUCUUUAUACAUGUUAGUAAACCAAUAUAUCAUCAAAGUCAAAUAGUUCGAUUCCGUGUUAUUCCAAUGCUUCCAGAUUUAACUCCUGCUUAUGGUUCAUUAGUUAGUAUUGAUGUAAUUGAUGCAUCAGGGAAUUUAUUUAAACGAUGGUUAAAUCCAAUGACAAAUAUUGGUGGUAUAAUUGAAUUAGAUUUUCCAUUAUCUGAUCAAGUUCAUGAAGGUGUCUGGUUAAUACGUGCUAAUCAUGAAAGAUUUUCAGCUGAAAAAACAUUUCAAGUUAAAGAAUAUUGGCGACCUUUAUGGGAUGUAAAUGUAACUCUUCCACUUAGAAUAACUGAUAAUCAACUUGGCCUUUAUGGUUUAAUAUCUGCAAAUUAUACUAGUGGAAAAGCUGUUAAAGGCAAUGCUACCGUAUUAAUUCAACUAAGGAAAUCAGGAGCUGCUCGUUGGACUAGCCCACCUCGAGCUGAAUUCAGACGUUAUUUAUUAGCAUUAGAUGGUAUUGGAGAUUUUCUAUUACCUAUGUCGGAAAUACGUCAAGCUAUAAGUAGUUCUACAAUUGAUUCUUCUUUGGCUAAUACAGAAAUUUGGGUAAAUGUAACUUAUUUUAAUUGGUGGGAAAAAACUCAUCGAACUGGUUGGGCAUUUACAAAAGUUUAUUCAUCUAAUCCAUUAAUUAAAUUUCUUGGAGGAAUGGUUAGACCUUUUAAACCUAAUAUGUAUUUUACUGUUUAUUUGGUUGUUUAUAUGGCAGAUGGUAGUAUGGUAAAAUAUAGUGGAAAUCGUAAAGUUACACUCUCAUUCUAUUGUCUUGAUAAUACUUUUGAAAAACAAAUCACUUUACCUAUAUCAGAUGAUGGUGUAAUACGUUAUACUUAUAGACCAUCUGGAGAUGGUUGUAUCACUUAUAGAUUAGAGGCUAGGUAUAUUGAUGAAACAGAUCGAAUUUUAUCAAAUGAUCAACAACGUUUAUUUGCUGUGAACUCUUAUUCUGGUGCAUAUUUACAGUUAUCAACAUCAACUUUUUCACCUAAAGUUAAUGAAUAUAUGGUUGUACAUGUACAAACUAAUUAUCCUACUGAUAAAAUACAUUAUGUGGUUGUUUCUAAUGGAAAUAUUUUAGCAACUGAUCAAUUACGUAUGCCAAAUGCAGUGACAUCACGUACAUUUUCAAUUGCUGUAUCACGUUACAUGUUUCCAAUAUCACAUAUUGUUGCAUAUUUCAUUAAAGACAAUAGUGAAAUUGUAUCAGAUUCAUUGACAUUUUAUGCAAAUUAUACACAUUUGAAUAAUGUACAAAUGCAAGUGAAUCGUGGAAAAGAUUUAAAUCAAGAUACAUUAGAAAUUAGAGGUUAUGCUAAACCUGGAUCUUAUAUAGCAUUCAGUGUAAUGCAUGCUGAUUUGUAUGCUAUUGGUGGUGCUUCGUUUCUUAGAGAAUAUGAUAUUGUUGAUGAAUUAAUGACAUAUGAACAACAUAGUCAAGCACCAUUAGUUCAUACAUGGUAUGAAGAUUUUAAAGAUAUUAAACGUAUUUAUUUACCGACAUCCAGUAAUGGAGCAGAUACCAAUAGUACAAUGAAUUCAUCCGGUUUAAUUAUAUUCACUGAUGCUAAUUUCACUAAAGCGAAUUUUUAUCAUACAUGUAAUGAAACUGAGAAUCCUGCACGUGCUUUACCAUGCUACUCUCUUACUGGUCGAGAUUGUUAUUCACGAAGUGAACGAUGUGAUGGAAUCAAUCAAUGUACUACUUGGAUUGAUGAAAUGGAUUGUCCAGAAAAUGAGACUAAAAAUCCUCAACCAUUACGUUUAAUAAAUACAUUUGAUAUAUUAAAUCGUCAAUGGAAUGAUGGUGCUUGGUUGUGGCAUAGUACAUUUGUCAAAGCUGAUGGACAAAUUCAAUUUCGUGUUGAUCUGCCAAAAAUGAAUGCUGAUUGGGUAGCUGGUGCAUUUUCAGUUGACAGUGAAUUAGGUUUAGCAUUAAUGCAACAACCUUAUUUAUUUUCUGGUACAAGACGGUUUUAUAUGACUGUUGAACUACCUGAAGAAGCUGUCUGGGGUGAACAGAUCGGUGUUCGUGCUUGUCUUUUUAAUAAUUGGAAUUAUUGGAUUGAGGCCUUAGUAGAAGUAAAACCAAGUCCUGAUUUACGUGUUAUUCAAGUUGGAUUAGAAGGACGUGUAUCAGCAUAUGCACCAGAAGUGUCUAUAAAUAAAGCUGUUCAAUCAUUAGCUUAUUUAGAAGCUGGUACUUCACGCUAUAUUUAUAUGCCAGUUUCACCUAAACUACCUGGGAAUACUUCAUUUACAAUAUGUGCAUAUAGUUUUAUUGGUUCCAAUUGUGAAACACAUACAAUAUAUGUUCGUAUGAAUGGUGUAACAAAUUACUAUCAUACUGCAAGUUUUUUAGACUUAACAAGUUCCAGUACAUUAUUUGUAAAUAAUUUCAAAAUUAUUGUCCCACAAAAAUUUACUAUACCAGAAAGACGUCUACAUCGUUUUGUACCUGGAUCACAGAAAGCUAUUCUUAGUGUGGUUGGUGACUUUAUCGGUCCAGCUUUAAGUGAAAAAUUUCAUUAUGCUGAUACGCAAAAUAUUUUACGUUUACCAUUUGCAUCAGCAGAGAAUGUUUUCUUUGAAUUAGGUUACAAUAUGAAUUUACUACUAUAUUUACAUGGUGCUGGACAUUUACCAUAUUCAGUAUUAGAAAAUGGAUUGAUUUAUUGUUCUGUUAUAUUACAAAAAGGAUUCUCAUAUUUUAAUCCAAAAAUUGGUGCAUUUUCUAAUUUUAGAGAUCGUUUAGAUGAAACUGAUCCAUUAGUUACAGCUAUUGCAUUAUGGAGUUUAUUAUUAACAAGACAAACCCAAUGGAAUCGUUUAAUCUAUGUAGAUGAUAAUACAUUUGUUAGUAUUAUUAAUUAUUUAAAACAAACACAACAAUUCGAUACAUAUGAUAAUGAUAAUCAUAAUAAUAAUAAUAAUCAAACAAUAGUUGAUAUACGUUUAUCUGGUAGUUGGAAUAUAACUAAUACAAUAGAUAGACGAUUUUCUCCAAUUAUUAAUAAAACUAAAUGGCCUGAUUUAAUUGAUCAAGAAUGUCAUCGACGUAUACCAUCAACAGCUAUGGUUAUUAUUGCAUUACGUUCAACUGAACGUACAUUACCUAGUGGAGUUGGUGCUGAUAAAGCUGAAAGAAUUGUAUCAGAAGCUGUAAAAUUUCUUAGUCGACAUAUAUUAAAUAUUGAUGAUUUAUUUUCACAAAUGAUUGGUACAUAUGCAUUAAAAGUAGCUGUGGAUGCAACAUCACAACAUAAAAUAUCACAUGCAUUAAAACGAAUCCAAGCAUUUCGUCAAAAAGGUGAUUAUGUCUAUUAUGCAAAUUAUAGAAUACCUCCACCAAAAUGGGAAUUAGAUCAAGCUGGUAGACGUAUUGAAAAUCCUCGACUAGAAAUGCCUAAUGAUGGUUAUGGUGUUUUAUGUUCAAGUAUUUAUUUCUUAUUAAAACAUGAAUUAGGUGAAUGGUCAUUUCGUUCAUCUGAAGCAUUAGAUAUGGUUCAUUGGUUAGCUAGUGAACGAAAUCAUGUAGCUGGAUUUGCAAGUACUUUCGAUUCACUUUUUGCAAUGCAUGCAUUAAGAAAAUUUGCAUUGGCUGAUACAAAUCGUGCAUUAUAUCGAAUGGCUAUAGAUGAGAAAAUUUCUUCAAUGAGUACAUGGACAAAUCGUAUUUAUAUAGAUACUCAUAAUUAUUCAACGGUUACACAUACAACGUUUCCACCAGAUAACGUAUGGGGUGAUAUUACAAUGAAAUUAGAAGGUACUGGACGUGUUCUAUUACAAUUAGAUGCAGAAGUCAAUGUAGAAUAUAAAGAAAUGCAAAAAAUGCCUAAGAAUCCACUAGAUACAGAACAAGUUUAUAGAAGUUUUGAAAUUGAAUGUACACCGGGUUUUUUAAGUCGUAAUAAUUCUAUUAUGAUUAUGACUGCAUGUGGAAGAUGGGUUGGAACUACGGGUAUUGAACCAUUACCUCAAAGUGGAAUGGCUGUAUUUGAAAUUGGACUGCCUACAGGUUUUAUAGUUUUAAAUGAUGAUCUAAGACGAUAUGUGAAUAGUCUUAUGGUUCCAAAUCUACGAUAUGCACGUGCCAAUUCUAGAUAUGUACAUUUCUUUUUUGAUACAAUUACACCGGAUAAAACAUGCAUACAAUUUACAGCUGAACGUUAUUAUCCAGUGGCAAAUAUAACUCAGCAGCAUAGAUGCUCAGCUUAUGAAUAUUAUGAACCAGGUCGUUAUAAUAAUUCAUUAUAUAAUGUUGUUUCAUUAUAUACAAAUAAUAUUUGUAAUGUAUGCGGUAGUUUUGCUUGUCCAUAUUGUCCUGAUUAUAAUUUAUCAAAGAAACGUAUUCAAUCAUCAAUAUCUAUAUUAUGUCUAAUAUUUUUAAUAAAAUGGAUAAUACUACUAUAUAUUGAAUGUUUAUAAUUGAAAAGACAUUUUCAUAGACGUUCCAUUUAGCAUUCUUGUGGAAUAGUUCAAACCAAUCCAAAUAGUAGAAUGAUAAUGAUGGAUCUAUCAAUGAUCAUGAUCAAUAAAUUACUUGAAUGUGUCCAAAUGUAUUGUAUUGGAACUUUUAUUUUCAUAUAUUCAAAGUAUAAUCCAUUCUAUCUCUCCAUGUUAGACAAUGAGACGUUCCAUUAUACAUUGUCGUAGGAUAGUUCAAACCAAUCAAAAUAGUAGAAUUACAAUGAUGGAUCUAUUAAUGAUCAUGAUCAACAAAAUACUUGACUAUGUCCAAGUAUAUUGUAUUGGAACUUAAAUAAUAAGAAUAUUCUUUUAUUUUCAUAUAUUCAUAGUAUAAUCUAUUCUAUCUUUCCGUAUUAAACAAUUAGACAUUACAUUUUACAUUCUAAUGGGAUAAUUCAAACCAAUCAAAAUAGUAGAAUUAUAAUAAUGGAUCUAUCAAUGAUAAAUGAUGAUGAUGAUGAUGAUCUCAUGAUCAAUAAAAUACUUGAAUGUAUCCAAGUGUAUUGAUUGUUUUCUUUUCUUUCUUAAACAAAUAGUAUCGUUGCCAAGUUAUUGAAUCUAAUUUGUAGAAAUUAUUUAGUAGUUUACUACUUACUAUCCUUCUUCUUCUUCUUCUUGUAUAAAGCUUUUGUGUAAAUGUAUAUACAUAUAUGUAUACAUGUAUACUUUCUCUUAUUUAUCCCUUUCAUUUCACCUUUUCCCCCUAAUUACCUACAUAUCAAUAUCCAUUUCCUUUUCAAUCAAUUAAGUAAUGUGAAGAUAUUUUGUUCAUGCAUAUAUAUGUGUGUAUACAUGUACAAAAUUGUAAUAGUUCCGUUGUUCUUUUGUUUUCGUUUUCUCUUUUCUUUCAUUCAAGUGCGACUUUUUAUAUUCAGAAUAGGAUAGUUAUUUCCUUUUUUGUGUAGAUAAGCAAAUGUAAGGGGUGAAAAAUAUACAUAUUGAUUAAAGUUUUUCUUUUGGCUGUAACUUGAUCAUCAUUGAAAACCUGGGAGUAUUGGACUUGAAUUGUUUCUUUCAUUCUCUAGGUCGAUUUCCUCACUCGUUUUAAUGUAUAUUUAGACUUAGUUUUCAUCAAUGAUUUCGUAACAAAUCUUAUGGAUGUUAUUUAUGUAAGUGAUGAGAAGUUUGUGACUCAGAAGUCUGAGUUGAGUAAAUACUAAGUCAGUCACCGAAGUUCAAUAUGAAUGUAGAAAACUGAUUGCAGCAACAGCAACACGUCGUAUGAGAUACACUGAUGGUGGUAAAGAAAAACUCAACUUGAAAGAUGUAAGGAACAAGUCCUAGAUCAAAGCGAAGCCCUGUGUGUUGAUCUUCCGACACUUCAUAAUUAAUAAAGUAAAAGGAACUACCGAGGGCAUAUGAUGAAAUUAAGCAACAAUAAGGGGACGGUUGUGGAAAAUUCACACAUGAAACUCUUUAUCAAACUUCAUCCCAACCAUCUAAAUCGAUUAGGUGGAUGAACGAUAUGCUGGACACCACGGCGCAGUUGCCCAACGAAUAAUAUUAAAAUCAAACGUAGGACUGAGGUCUAAACCUUCUUCAGUCGAGCCUCUUGAACAUAUCACAUAUGAACAACCACUAACCAUCCCGUUUUGCUCUACUGACUAGCGUGAUAGUAUAUUUAAAAUGGAACUAGAUGAACAGAUCAUUAGUUUUU